CCGGUGCCAGGCGGGGCGGGGCGGGAGCGCGGCAGGCCCGAGCUGCUGCGCCGAGGGGCCCCUGCGGCUGGCCGGCGGGGAUCGGCUCCGGGCCCGGCCAUGUCCGAUUACCGGAUCUCGGUGGAGGAGCUGAACGAUCUUCUGGCUAACGGGAGCGGCUGCUACAGCCUCCCUAGCGCGCACAGCAACGAGGUGGUGCCGCGCAUCCACGUGGGGAACGCGUUCAUAGCCAAGAACAUUACGAGGCUGCAGCGUCUGGGGAUAACCCAUGUUCUGAAUGCAGCAGAGGGGAAGUCAUUCAUGCAUGUGAACACUAAUGCAGAGUUCUAUGAAGGCACAGGCAUCAGAUACCACGGCAUUAAAGCUAACGAUACGCAAGAAUUUAACCUCAGUCGCUAUUUUGAGGAGGCAGCUGAUUUUAUUGAGAAAGCACUUUCCCAGAAGGAUGGACAAGUAUUUGUGCAUUGCCGUGAGGGCUACAGCCGUUCUCCUACACUGGUCAUCGCCUACCUCAUGCUUCGCCAGAAUAUGGAUGUCAAGUCUGCAUUGAGCACUGUCCGGCAGAAGCGAGAGAUUGGCCCCAAUGAUGGCUUUCUAAGGCAGCUUUGCCAGCUCAAUGAGCAAUUAGUGAAGGAGGGCAAACUGAAGCCCUAGAACAGAGCACCGUAGUAUUUUUUGAAGUUUCUCAAACCAUCAGAGGACACCUUAGGUGCUUUAGAUUCCCAACCCCUAACCACCAAGCUAAAUCACAUAAUGUGAGGGAGACAGAAUUCCUGCUUUUGUCUAGUGAAAGUAUCUUUCUCGAACUCUGGAUCUGUCUUUCAAGAUGACACUAAAUUGUGUCACUGUUCGGAGCUGUUGCAAUAAAGAGGUGUUUUUAAGAGGGGUAACUCCAGUGAUAACACCUGUCUUCACAUGUAUUUCAGAGCCCCCUGCAGACUCUGUAGCGUACAUGGCUUGCAUCGACAUUGAGUGUGAUUCAUUAAAGCCUUGUCUUGUAUCCCACCAGAGCACCGUAGUCUGAGAGCCCCAACACAUCUCUUCACUCACUCUUAAUUGAAGUACUGUAUUUUCUAAAGCUUCUUUUUCAUGCACACAGGUGCCUAACGUUUGAGUGUAGGAGCUUCAAGGAAUGGAGAAGCGUAUAUACAAAUGCACAGAUGCACUCGCUUGUAAAAUGAAGUGUAUGCAGUGUUGUGUUUAGUGUGGAUUUAUGCAAUACACGGUGUGUGGUAGUAAAGCCAUUCAGAGCCCAGUCUUGAUGCACACUGUAUUUCCAAGAAUAUUUGUACCUCUUGCUGUUGUGAUUGACAUGAAAUGGUCUGAUAUUAAAUGCUCUUUUAUUUUUGUUUUGAAGUCAUACCAGAAAAAAAUGUCAAGAGCAAAUGUUGAGGAAAAAACUUGAGCAAGGAAGAAAUAAUGUCUGUAUUUGGGAGUGCUUGUACUGGAUGUAUGAUAAAGACCGAAGUAUCAGAAUAUAAUGGCUCCCGAGGCUUGUCUUGAAUUACAGUGUCUCCCUUCUUUUUUAUCGCUGUUAUUAAUGUAGAAUGGAAUGAGCACAUGUGCAGAUUACUUCUAGUAGGGCAGCACAAGUGUGCUUGCAAAGCAGUUUGCUGAAGUACCCUCUUGACUUCUUGGAUUGCUUGCAUGGUAUCAUUAAAUAGAAAUGAGCAUUGUUACAUACCACAUGGAAUAGAAAACAUUUCCUUUCUAUUAAAAUAAAUGAUGUCUUGAUUCUGUUGGACAUACAGGUGAAAUGAGUCAUUGCAGCCUUGGGAGAGGGAGCACUGUCUUAGUGUGUAAAUGUGUACCUGUGAGUUACAGCACCGUGUUAACGCAAGGGACCUCCCACUGCAAACUUGGAAUUGUUGGUUAAACUAACGGAAUCUGAGAUGUAUGUGUUCCCUUUUUAUCUGUGCUUUAAUGUAGUUCUAGAUUAAAAAUCUGAACACUAUUUUAAACAGAAA